CAAAACUUCCGUUCCCGAUUUUGAAAGGAUUUGAUGUACAACUAGACCAGCUGCCUCUUCUUUAAUUUUUCCUCUGUUGUGCUGAGUUGACUAUCAGGUCUGUGUAAAGGUUUCACCAAACUACAACAUAGCCUCGCCGACGAUGAACGCCCUGGCCUGUUUUUUCAUUUGCCUGUUCAUUCUGCAAGCCCUGGAUUUUUUCCUCUACGGUGGCACGAAAGAGACGAAAUCGCUGGAGCACAUUCACCCGCGCGCGCAGUACCGGGGCAUUUACCACGACAGCAGCGUCCCGCAUCCCCUUUCGACGUCUUCAACAUCUGGAAGUUCAGCUUCCUCCUCGAAGAACAUCUUCGACUCGGUCGAGAGCGUGCGCAUGGAUGUGGCUUACAAAACUUCGGUGCUUCCAGGCUUGAUCUCCGCGGACAUGCGACUCAUGCUCCACGGGAACACGAACGGCGGGAGUGGAAAUACGCUACGCACGCUGAUCCUCUCCGGGGUACUGAAAGGCGCCAAGUUCGAAACGAAGAACCCAGAUUCGUCAUCGAAGGAAGUCAUCAGCUCGGCAGAUGGGAAAGUUACGACCAGCAGCGCCACCGAAGACUCGGACUGGCGAGUCGUGCCGGCGUUCGGAACGGUAGAUGAGACCGCUGUCCUCGGGGCGGACGAGAAAGACAGUGCAACUAGUCCAGAAAAGAACAAAUCCUAUCCGUACAUCUUAUUUUCCGGCACGGUGCCUCGUAUCGACUUUCUCGAUCCUCCGCCGUCGUUCACCGCCUGGCUGUGGCACAUGCUCUUCCAGCCCAUGAAAAAAUCUUCCUCCGAUGGCUCUGGCGAUUCCGGAUCCUCGUCUUCGGCCUCCUCGGGGGGUUUUCUCAGUCGGCCCAGCAGCGACCACGGCACCACCCCGAUCGCCAGUAACGCACCGCCGAGGCUGAACAAGCACGACUGCAAUUUUCAGAUGAAGCUGUGGCCAGCCGCGAGCUUUGCCAACACGCCGGGGAGCGAAACGGACGAAAAAAUCGUCAAGGCGGAGCUUUUCUCCUACGACUGCCUGGCCCACCAACCCUCCGGACCGCUGGCGGAUACAACUUCUAAGGAAAAAGGUGACACAGCAGCAGAAAACCUAAACCAAGUCCGGCUGAAACUUCUGCUCCGCGAAGUGGACAGCACCCGACAGUCGAACAAAAGUUGGAAUUUGUCCGUAUUCCUGAACGUCCUAACCCUGAUCGAGAUGACCGUGUGGGCGAAGCAGAUAACGAACCUGCAGCACAGCGAGCAGAUCUACCUGCCGACGCUGUUCUUCCUCGCACUGCACACCAUGGUGGAGACCUUUAUGUAUUUGGUCUUUUCCGCCCGAGGGCUGCCUUCCAACACGGACGUUUUCAACAACUUCUGCGUCGUGAUCUUCCUCAAGUUCCUCCUGUUCGCCUCGAUGCAGAUGCGGCUGAUCCUCCAUUUGUGGCGGGCGGAGCGGCGGAGACGGCAGCCGGAGAAUCUGAAUGUGAUGGAGGAGGAGCGGGUGUUGCGCCGCGAAAUCGCGGUUCUGUAUUGGCGCUUCUACUCCAUUCUGCUGAUUACGAUUUUUCUGGUCAAUUCCCUGUUCGCGGACUACUACCAUUGCUACCUGCUGCUCGCGCAGCUGUUUUGGGUCCCGCAGAUCUACUGGAACGUGAAGAACGGCUACAAAAACGCGUUUCAUUGGAACUUUUUGUCCCGGGUGAGUUGCUUGCGGGUUUUACCCAUCCUCUACGCCUACAGCUGCCCUUUCAACGCGUACACCGGGGAGGUGUUGCCGAGGUUGAGCGGCGAUUUGCUCUACCUCGCGGCCGCAGACGGCGGGAUCGGCGGCGUGGGGCCUGGUUUGAGUGCUUGGUUCUGCGACAAGAACGACAUGUGGCCGCGGAACGCGCACUUUCCGCUGUUGGAAAAGGAGUACUACAGCCGGGGGAGUUGGAACCCGUUUUUGUCCACCUGCUUCCUCCUCUUGCACGUCGUUCAGUUGUCCAUUCUCUACUCGCAACGAAAGUGGUCCGCGCGGUGGUUCAUUCCCUGGAUCUGCCUGCCCCACGUCUACAACUACCACCGAGCGCCGCCCAAGGACGCGUUAGUCGGGGAUGAAGAGGAGACGGCAUCGGGGGGUGGGGAGGAAAGUCCGGAUGUCGUGCCAAUAUCGGACGGCGGAGACGAGGAGCACCAAGCGGCUGUGACCGAGGCGAGAAAUACAAAUACCUCUGCACUCGACAUCGACCGUCGUCCAGUGUCGGCCAGUGUUGUCGGACAUACGACAAGUAUUUCAGGAAGAAGCUCGUCUGACACGGUCGCAAUCGAGAUGGAUAAUGUUCUGGACGUUCCUGUGUCCAGAAGCAACAGUGGCGCUCCUCUGCAAUUGCCCUCCCGCGACGCGAAGCCCCGAUCCACAUCCGAAAGCACAACACAAAUACGCGCUGGCAUUGGUGCAACAACAUCCUCUUCGUCCACGUCUCGGCCGCGCGCCCAAACCGAGCAAGCUCUCGCUUUCACCAAUGCAAAUGACCACAUUGGCGAAAAUUUCUCACCAACGCGCACUGGACUGGAUUCGAACAAAGCCCUCACGCGCGAGCAACGACAGCCGAUCAUCUCGGCGGAGGAGCGAACUUCUGGAGGAACGAGAAGUUCUGGAGGUGGUGCUACUUCGCCAAGCCGCAACGCCGAAAGUAACAAGCGGCACGAACUGGACUCGACGCCGAGCCCCGCACGACCCAGGACGACGUCGAGCAGAGUUGUGAAAAAGCACUACGAUUGUGUGAUUUGCAUGGAGCGGCUGGACUUUCGGGCUUUGUCGGGACACUACGGAGCAGGAGGAAGCAGCAGCAGUUCGUCGCAGCUGACCGCCAGCGUUGCAGCGCUUUUUCCCUCCAGCAGCAGCAUGGUCUUCAACACGAUUUCGAACGCGACGAACAGAAUUUUUGUUCGAGGGAGCAGUAUAACUGCGGAACGAGGCGGAUCCUCUUCGUAUACUUCAGGAGCAGACACGACGUCGCCCUCGGCAAGUAUGUCUUCAGGUGCCCCGCCAGGUGUUGGAGCAAUGGCUCUGCAGGGAAAUAGCAGCACUUCUGCGACACCUCCUGCACUGGACCGCCCCGCCGGUCCGGCAAGUUCCGACGGAGCAAACCUACCCGCAGCUCCACAAGCAGAGGACGUGGAGCCCCCCGAUGAAACCACGACUACGAGCAGUGGUGGCGGGAAAAGUAUGGUGCCAGUUUGUGCUCCGUGCGGGCACUGGUACCAUUAUGCCUGCCUAGAACAGUGGAUGUCUGUCAAGAUGGAAUGUCCCACCUGCAGAAAACCGCUUCCGCCCCUCGAGAUCUGAUUUGUUUGCGCAUCAACAUGUGAUCAUUCCUUGGAAGCGCCUAAAGACUUCUCGGCUUUUUACCGUCGAGACUGGACGGGAAAGAGUUUUGCAAUCCAAACGCCUUAUUCAUCUUCGGUACAUGGUAAGUGAACGACUGACAAGGUCUUCAGUCAUGUUUUAACGACGGAGCGCCCCCGUCUUUGCGAUGUCGCCCUCCUCUUUCC